UGGGCAUGCAGGAGGAAGUACUGCAGCGCUGCCGUGGCUUGAGUUCUGGAAAGUCGAUAGCUGCUUUCCGAUUCUAAUUUGAUCUCUGAGCGAAGGGACAACUGAAAGGCAGAAGUAGAGAAUUGGAAAUCCACUGACCAGAUGCGACCAUUGACUCCAGCGACCCGCAUCUGAAAGUGUUUGCAGAUGUAGUGGGACUAAAAACAACCGUCGGGGAGGGAACAAGUUGCUUGAGCAAACAGUGGCAGUUACACAUGCUAACCCGUGUGUCAGGCGGGGAGAGAUACGAUUGGUGGAGCAAAUAAACCUGUGUGGUGGCUUACGUAAUAUCGGCCAGUAUCGGCCUUCACGCAGCGGCCAUUUUUAACAACAGAACGGAGGGUCUGUCGACAGAGUCGGAACACUCGAGGGAAGAGUCAGAGCAGACUACGCCAGGUACGCUGUCUUCGACAUCCGCAAAUGCGAUCACAAACUGUCUGCUCUGUAACAAGGUUGAGAAAGGUGACAAGACGUAUCCUGUGUUGCCGUUGAGUGUUGUUGAACUAUAUAUAACCAACCCAACGUUACUACAACACCAUAACACCGCGGGGAAUCCAGUCGCCAACCAACUAAAGACUGCCUCCGCCGUUAACAGGUGUUCGGGGCAACGGGUGCAGGAGAAAACCCGCCAGGGAAAGCACAUGUCACCGUGACCCAGGACUUAAUCCGUGGGUACGUGCUGUUUUUAAGACGACUUGUAACCGGGCGAAGGUUGUCAGCGAAUGAGGGUCAAGGUUUGAAGACUCCUUGCAUCCUUGAGAUGAGACGUUUCGCUGCACUUUCUCGGCCCAGAAGACGUAACAGCGGCCUGGCGAGGUGACAUCCGCCGGGUAUUUUUAUGCCGUUAUCGAAGAAAAGCCGGAAACCUGACUCAUACUUUGACGUAAGCUGCCCGAUAAAGGUACAUCAAGUGGUACAAGAGUUAUACAAGAUAAGUUGACACCGAAACAGCGUACAAUUGGCUCAAGAUCACCAGACGAUUGACUACAAGGACUACUCGAUUGUGUUGAGUGAAGGUAAUGCAGUUGUCAGACUCUAUGAACGAACAACUAGUCAUUGUAUAAAGUGUGUGUAUUCAAUGUCUGACGGCGUUUACAAUGCCGGAACUUCCGUGGCGAUGACUGCGCUGUUGUUGGCAGCUACCUGAAUCAUGUGAAAUGUCUUAACGGUUAAGAAGACCAUCUUUGCUACAGAACUGCGCGGCUGAACAACAAGACGAUCUCUUAUCCUUAUCAUCGCCCAAAAAGUCGUUUGGCACAACGUUUUUGUUUUUAAACUGAAGCCAACCAGACGUUCUGGACAGGUUUAUAGCGCAGUAAGUCUUCCAACUGUUGUUAAAUGUUGACUGAACUGCUAUGUAUGGGCAUAGAGUCUAUAAACCGUGGUAUUAAGUUCUAUACAAGACUAUAAAGACCUAUUAAGCCGAGGCAACAUGGCGGCUCCUCGUACCAGCGUCUCCACGUACGGUAGGGUCAACAGGGACUUUGUAUCUCGGUGGAUGUUGCUGCUAAGUUUGGCGGGUUGUUUGCUAAUGGCGUGUGUACAUAGUUCUCACGUCAGAAGGGGGAGGGAGUUCUACUCGCAGCCGGGUGACGUGACGUUGGGCGGUUUGUUGUCGGUACACGUCAAUGGCGGGAACGGCGCCUUCUGCAGCCUGCUGGAGGUGUCCGGCGCCAUACAGCGCAUGCUCAGCAUGGCAUACGCUGUGAACGAGGUCAACCGCAGGGAAGAUCUCCUUCCCAACGUCACGUUGGGGUUCGCCAUAUACGAUGACUGUUCCACAGAAACCAUGGCGCUGGUAGAGACCCUAAACUUUAUCUCCACCCAAGGACUGGACAAUAGAUGCACGGGGGCACAGUAUCCAAACCUCAUAGGAGUCGUCGGGGGAAACAGCGGGUCUACCAGAAUGGCGGCAGAGCUACUCGGACUGUUCCAUCUGCCCAUCAUCAGCCAUUUUGCCACCAGUGACGUUCUUAACGACAUGUCUUUGUUCCCGACGUUCUUUCGAACUGUGCCACCAGACAGACUACAAGCUAAAGCUAUUAUAGACAUCUUAGUUUACUUCGGCUGGACUUACGUGUCGCUUGUGUACUCGGACGACACGAGUUACGGGAUAGAGGGAAUGAGAAAGCUGCAGAAGGAGGCGGAGGACGCGGACGUGCUGAUCUGUUUCGCGGAGAUCAUCAGCGUCACGGCGCAGGGCACGGACUACGACGACGUCAUCCGGCAGCUGCGCAGGGACAGGGACGUCAAGGUCGUCGUCAUGUUCAGCAACUUCUUCGACGCAAACCAGGUGUUUGCAGCGGCUAAGCGGAACAACGCCACAGAGGAGUUUGUGUGGGUGGGUAGUGACGGGUGGGGGGUGAGUGUGGAGGAGAUUAAAGGCCAGGAGGACGCUGCGCUAGGCGCGCUGACUGUGGUACCCUACUCCUGCCCUGUAGAACGGUUCGCCAACUAUCUCCAGACCCUCACGGUGGACUCUGAGCCCAACAACCCGUGGCUUGACGAGAUCCUGAGUAACAUGUCCUUCAGCGUCGUGCAUAACGACAACGUCGUCUCACCCGUCUUCAACGCCGUCAACAUGUUCGCGCAUGCGCUGGACGACAUGCUUCGCGCCGGAUGUCCGGAUGUUUCAACCGGAUGCAACGUCACAGGCGGAGUGAGUUGCGACUUCUUAAAGACACUAACGGAACACAUCCGGAAUGUGAGCUUUGUUGGGGAGUGCGGGUUUGAGUUGAGGUUUCACCAAGGAGAGGUGGUCGGGCGCUACGCGCUGCAGAACUUACAGAGAAGACCGGACGGGAGUUAUGAGUACGUGCGCGUCGGGAUGUGGGAUAUAGACGACGACGACGUUUCGGUCAACAGAAGUCUGAUCUACUGGAACCUAAAGGACGAAAGGUAUAAUUGGACGGGCUACAGCGAAGAAGACACCACAGAAAUGUUCGGGCCCGUGAGCCGCGACAGGACGAUCGUGUCGGCGCUGGAGCAGACGCCGGAAUCCAUCUGCAGCCACCCGUGUGAUGACGUGGCGGGGUACGUCACCGUGCCCAGUAAGGACAGCGCCUGCUGCUGGACCUGCUCGGAGUGCCGGAACAACGAGAUCGUCACUGACGUCGGCAUGCCGACAGAGACCUGCCAGACAUGCAACGACAAGGCGUCCAUUGCGAACCAAAACUUCACCUGGCCUGAUCCGGACGACCGGACCCGAUGUCUGCCCAUCCCCGCCACUCACCUGAACUGGCACGACGGCAUCGCCAUCCUGCUGGUUGUCCUGGCCUGCCUGGGCGUGGCCCUCACCAUGGCAACGCUCGUGACGUUCACCAUCAACAACGAACACAAGCUCAUCAAGGCCUGCAACAGAGAGCUGUCCUACAUCAUCAUCCUGGGCGUCCUGCUGGAGUUUGUGGUGGUGUUCUGUUUCGUGGCCGAGCCGACUGCCGGGACAUGCACCACCACCAGGCUGCUCUUCGGGCUCAACUUCACUCUCAUCUACGCACCGCUCGUCACCAAAACUAACCAGGUGUACCGUAUCUUCCGGAGCGGGAGAAGGUCCGUGAAGAGACCGAGAUUCAUCAGUAGCCAGGCACAGGUCAUCAUCGCCUGCGUGCUCAUGGUCGUUCAGGUUAUCCUAACGUGCAUGGGGUUCAUUCUGGUGUCACCCACGGAGGUGACUAAGGACAUGCCUGUGGAGACGGAGAAGCUGGUGGAGCUGCAGUGCGGGCAGCACGUGUACGAGCUGGUGGCCACUCUGGUGUAUAACGUCCUGCUGGUCCUGGUCUGUACGUACUACGCCAUCAUCACCAGGAACCUGCCCGAUAACUACAACGAGUCCCGCUUCAUCAGCUUCCAGGUCUACACAACCCUGGUGAUCUGGCUGGCGUUCGUCGCGACGUUCUUCACCGCCAAGUCCUCCCUUUACCGGACCGUCUACUCCUGCAUGGCUAUGAUCCUCAACGCCUUCACAACUCUCAUCUGCUACUUCUCGCCAAAACUCUACGGGGUGUACUUCGUCAACCAAAGCGACAUGAACGUCCAGGGCACGUCCCUGAGAAACCCCACCAUGACGACACCGGAGGCCACCACGAACCCGGAGCGCCCCGGGUCCAUCACGGCCAGCGGGAACUUUUCCCCGGCGUUAGCGGUCCCCCGGCCCCGGGGUCCCAGCGUCUCUGUGUCGCUGGAGAACCACAGCAGCCAAGACGGCCAGGUGCCGAAGAGCGACGUCAACGGCACGGAAAACGACAUCAAAAAAGUCGUCAACGGAACGAUAGAUCUGGACGGCAUGGAGGGGACAGACGUGGACGCUACCAUCAUCGUGAACGGCACGUGCACCACGGACGACUCAGAAGACCCCGGCUUCGUCAAGUCACGGGUGGUCAUCAAAGAAAUGGAGGGGACACAAGUUUAAGGGCAUAUGUACUAGUGGAACAAGUUACCGAGUGGAACAAGUUACCUGCCGAAGUAGUGCAGGCGCGGUCUGUAGAGGCCUUUAGGGCCUCCCUUCCGUAAGGUCCAAGCACCUCCCCUCCUCCCUCUCAGUGA